AUGUACCCUGCCGGAAAAAAACUCAUCUUGAUGGUUGAGCGGCACUAUUACGACGAUGAGGAGAUAUGGAAGCCCUUUUGCCAUCCACUACAGUCCAAACCCCAGGUCCAGGAGCUCCCCUCCGGGCGCUUUCCCAUAACUACCACUGUUAUAGAACGGCUUGACGAGGACCGUGGUACCUUCCCCGUGCUGAAGAUUGCUAUCACUGGCGUUGAGGAUCUGGCUGUCCUCCGGCUGUUUGAUUACGAUGCGAUGUUCCAGUCUUAUACCAAACAUCCGGAUCGGGGACCUGAUGACGACCACAUGUUCAAGGACACAGCCGAAUCGCUGUUUCAGGGUAUAGAUACUACCUACGACGGCCUUAAUUUAAGAUUUGCAGACGAGAGCGGCAAUCCUAAAUUCUUCCCAAAGAGAAUCAUACCAAAUCUCACAACGUCGGAUAUAAUCAUUUAUAACGGGAAAUCGGGCGAGCGACCCGUUUUCUGCGGCUUCUCUCACUACUGGCCGUCCAAACACGAGCUUGUUAACCAGUUCAAGACCGAGAAAGAGAAAGACACGGCCUACAAGAAACUGGUUUGCGCCUUCGAUAACCAAGGUGCCAUCGCCCAGGACCUCGAGACUUUGCCUUCUCCAGCAGAGUCACUGCCAGGCGAAGGCAGCAUCGGUCAACAGAACAUAAACACCAAACUGUCGGCCAUCUUCUUCCGACAAGACAUACACGGUCCUUUACAAAUGGCGGGGGACAAGUUCUUAUGCUUGGAGUGGGAGGCUGGGGUUAAUCUUCAGACCAUUGUUUUUAAGUACUGCGUUCUUCUUGGUGAUACGAUAAUUAGGCCUAAGAAUUAUUAUACUAACGGGCUGUUACAAUCCCAGUCCCUAACACCUGAUAGGGGUCAACGACGGAGCGUUGACGAGGACUGA